AUGGAUGAGAUGAUGCGGAUGGUGGACGUCGACCUUAUCGGCACCCAGAGCACGAGCAGUCUAGGAGUGCAGAGUAGAGAGAAAGAUCUAAGAGCGCAGAGUACUUCACUUCUCGUAUCAAUGGCAACCGAGCACGAGCAGGGCAGAUGGAUCCGAAGCCGAACACGAAGAGGCACCAAUUCGAGGAAGCCAAGAAGCUGGGCAUCCUCGAGGAGGACCGCGUCGCCGCACACAACCGGUACCCCGGAGCUGUGGGCGCGCGUCAACCGCGAGUUCGCUGACGAGUGGAAAGCCCGCUGCUGUGCCGCGCGCGGAGGCGAUGACGUGAUGGCGGCCAUGGCGGCGGCGAGGACGAAACGACGGCCUAGUGUUCUUCGUGCGGUCUUGGUUCCGGGAGAGCUCCCGAUGGGCGAUGCUGUUCUGGGAGGGCGACCAGAUGGUGAGCUCGCAGGCAAACGCGAGCUGUCGCGCCAAAAAGAAGAAGAAGAAGAAACACCGCUGCUUUUUACGCUUAAGAGGCCGUGUUGUUUGGCCGGAAUGACGCACGAAGGAGGUGGAGCGCCUGGGCUCAGCUGGUCCGUUGGAUGGCAGGGAACGGCAGGGAUGGAGCGACUGCACCCGGCAGUCGUGAGGGUCGACUGCAGAGGAUUUGGUUCCCUGGAGCCGGGGGUGGAGCGCGUCGCCGCACGCGGGCCUCUCGUCUCGCGCGCUUGCGGUUUGCAUCGCCGAGUUGCCGACUUCGGCAGGAAGAAGGCCGUGGCUGGGGGCGCCUCACCGUUCACUGCCUUUGGACUGAACUGCACCUGCACGCUGCACUCUUGGGGCGUCAGACGUGUAUGCAUGCCUAUCACAACGCCUCGAACUUUUCCUGGAAGUGGUAGUGGACCUAGUGGUGUGGUGCGUUCCGUGCGCACAGAAAAUACCUGA